CAAUCCAGCAGGCUACACUGGCUGGGCAGGGCUGGCAGGUCCCUACGCCCAUCCCAGGCUGACUCGAAGGGCCACCCUGAAGUCGGGGCUGUGGCGCACAGUCCAUAGAGGACUCUAGCUGCCUGUAGCCUGUGGAUUUUGACCAAGCUUUGUCCUGGUGCCUGGACUGGCUCUGCAAUUCCCUGGAUUAGCUUAAGUUGACUCUGCGUCCUAGACGAGAAGAAGGCACAGAGUAGGGAUGCUCUAAUAGUGGAUAUGAAGAUUACUGGAGUGCCAUAUCUCUACUGUGUGUCAUAUUGUGGACUGCCAGCUUUGGUAUGGACAGGGUCUAUGAGCUCAGGGUUGUGGCUAAACCCUUUACCCUGUGUCUUGACCAUGUCCUGCCGCACCACUGUCCCUGGAUGGUAGGUGAGGGUAUUAGACACAGUGCCAUGCUAUAGAAGCAGCUUUCAGAAGCCUGGAUCCAGGAGGCCUUGGACCACCUAUCCACAGUGCCCGAUGUUCAGAUUCUCUGUGGCCCCAGGCCCCUGGUCCUAGACUUAUGGCAGGCAGGGAGGGCUCCUUUGCUCCCAGGGCUCUUCUGCUUCCCUCUGUUCUGUUCCUUAAUGGGCCAAUCAGAAGGCAGACCAUCAGGGGCUGUCCUCCUGUGGGAGGACUGGGUGGCCUGUGGCGUCAACCAGAACAGAGCAGGAAGUGCACAGCCUCCCUCGUGGCUCCACCCUUCUCCAGGCAAGGAGCAUCUCCACACUCCCAGAGACCAAGAGACCAAGACUCCUGGUGAGCCCAUAGCCCAGGCAGCAUCCAGCUGGCAGGUGGCUCCCACAAGACCCUGAGGUAAGUUCAGCUAAUGUACCCUUCCUGGAAGGUGGGUGGAAGCCUGUGGUGACUCUGCUGGGGAUCCUGGAGCAUAUACCCCAGCGCAGGAGUAAGUGCCUACAGUCAGGUGGCCUCUUCAUCUCAGCCUCCAUUUCAUUAAUCUUUGUUCAUUGCAGCAUAGUCCUCCAGUGCUGGGACUGUGUGGCUAUGGGGCUGGGAUGGCGGACAGUUGGCCCAGGGUUCUGAGGAAUGUCCACUGGGUUGACAAGAAGGUGCAGCAGGGAGCUGAGAAGUGCUUCUGAAGAAUAAGUCUGCCAUGGCUGUGUCUAGAGCUAGUGAUCCAGCUUCUCUGGGCAGGACCUCUGUUCUCCAAGGGCUGGAGACUGGGCCAGGGGCUCUCUAUGGCCACCUUAAUGCAGUCCUAGAGUCACUGAAGCCCCUCACCGCGACUCCACCUGUCCAUGGGUAGAAGCGGCGGGUAGUCCUACGUGAGUAAUCCCCCUGUGAACAACUGGCCUGGUUGAUCUCCAGAGCUCAUCUGGAGCAGAAAAGCACAGGGUUUGCUGGUGCCCAGCUCCCAAAACACUGGAGGGGAGCGGUAGCAGAUGUCUGGAGACUGUGGAUGGCAUCGCCUGCCCAUCCAGUGAUCCCCAGCCUGGCGGGGAGAUAGACAUGCUCCUAUGGCCAACCCUCACUUGCCCUCUCGAAAUAACACCAUGUCACAGGCAGCUGCCAGAGGGCUGUUGCAUCACUGGCUGGCUACAACGGAAGGCUUGAAGGACAGGGAGCCUGUCAGAGAAUGAGGAAGUCCGACUCACAGGCCUAGCUCCCUGGCAGAGUGAGAAAAGCCUCCAGCCAACCCGCCUCUCAGUCCCAACCUGGACACUGGCCAGCUGGAGUGCAUACCGCCCAAGAAGGUGUAGUGUAGGAUGGCUACUGGGGGCCAAUCUCCUCCCUACACUCAUCUACCUUCAGGGGCACCCGAGCACUUUAGUGUGGAAGGUAGAAGCCAGAGGAGGGCUGUUGUACAAGGAGUGUUCUCUUUGACCCCAACCUGACAUAUCCAGGUGACUCGGGAAGAAAGUUUGAGGUGGCAGAGGGGUGGGACAGCUGCUUGGGGAAGGUGAGCUUAACAGGGUGGCCUGAGGAGGGGCUGUCAGAAACUGUGGAGCUGAGGUGAGGCUGAGCCCUCAAUAUCCCUAGAAUGAGUCCCUUGUGUCCCAAGCCCUGGCCUGGCACUCACAGACCUGGGUCCUCUUGUAGGCCGACUGCUGCAGACCCAGCAGGGAACAGAAGGUGGGCACUUCCUCAGCCGCUCUCCCCUGACUGACCUACAGAGGACAUGUCAGACUAUGAAAAUGAUGACGAGUGCUGGAGUACCCUGGAGAGCUUCCGGGUGAAGCUCAUCUCUGUUAUUGACCCCUCACGAAUCACACCCUAUCUGCGCCAGUGCAAGGUUCUGAACCCUGAUGAUGAGGAGCAGGUGCUCAGUGACCCCAACCUGGUCAUCCGCAAGCGGAAAGUGGGUGUGCUCCUAGACAUCCUGCAGCGGACAGGCCACAAGGGCUACGUAGCCUUCCUUGAGAGUCUGGAACUCUACUACCCUCAGUUAUACAGGAAAGUCACUGGCAAGGAGCCAGCACGGGUCUUCUCCAUGAUCAUUGAUGCAUCGGGGGAAUCAGGCCUGACACAGCUGCUGAUGUCAGAGGUCAUGAAGCUGCAGAAGAAGGUUCAGGACCUGACGGCCCUCCUGAGCUCCAAGGACGACUUCAUCAAGGAGCUGCGGGUGAAGGACAGCCUCCUUCGGAAGCACCAGGAGCGUGUGCAGCGGCUCAAGGAAGAAUGUGAGCUGAGCGGCCGGGAGCUGAAGCGUUGCAAGGAUGAGAACUACGACCUCGCCAUGCGCCUGGCGCACCUCAGCGAAGAGAAGGGCUCAGCGCUCAUGCGGAACCGGGACCUGCAGCUCGAGGUGGACCGGCUCAGGCACAGCCUCAUGAAGGCAGAGGAUGACUGCAAGGUGGAGCGUAAGCACACACUGAAGCUCAGGCAUGCCAUGGAGCAGCGGCCCAGCCAGGAGCUGCUGUGGGAGCUGCAGCAGGAAAAGGACUUGCUGCAGGCCCGAGUGCAAGAGCUGGAGGUCUCUGUCCAGGAGGGGAAGCUGGACCGGAACAGCCCCUACAUUCAAGUGCUGGAGGAGGACUGGCGCCAGGCACUGAAGGAGCAUCAGGAACAGGCCAACACCAUCUUCUCCCUGCGCAAGGACCUCCGCCAGGCUGAGGCCCUCCGGACCCGGUGCAUGGAGGAAAGGGAGAUGUUCGAGCUGCAGUGCCUGGCCCUGCGCAAGGAUGCCAAGAUGUACAAGGACCGGAUCGAAGCUAUCCUGCAGCAGAUGGAGGAGGUCUCCAUUGAGCGGGACCAGGCUAUGACCUCAAGGGAAGAACUGCAUGCCCAGUGUGCCCAGAGCUUCCAGGACAAAGAUGAGCUUCGAAAGCAGGUUCGAGAGCUGGGUGAGAAGGCAGACGAGUUGCAGCUGCAGCUGUUCCAGAGUGAGGGCCGGUUGCUGGCUGCCGAGGGUAGACUCAAACAGCAGCAGCUGGACAUGCUCAUCCUGAGCUCUGACUUGGAGGACAGUUCACCUAGGAACUCCCAGGAGCUCUCACUGCCUCAGGACCUGGAGGAGGACGCCCCGCUCGCAGACAGAGGUGUCCUGGCAGACAGGGAGAGCCCAGAGCAGCCCUGCGUGGCUCAGAACAAGGAGCAGCUUUCACAAACUCAUGGCACGGGGCCCAGCAGCAGCAGCAGCAGCGAACCCCCGGAGAAGGAGAGGCGGCGCCUCAAGGAAAGCUUCGAGAACUACCGCAGGUGCGGGGCAGCCGGCAGGACGGCCCGGGAGGGUGGGACACCUGCCCGUGCCUGCUCACACUGCGGGUCCCACAGGAAGCGGGCGCUCCGCAAGGUGCAGAACAGCUGGCGACAGGACGAGGGGGACCGCGAGAACACCACAGGCAGCGACAACACCGACACCGAAGGCUCCUAGCGGACCGCGCUGAGGCUGAGCAUCCUCGUGAUUGUGAAGGGAUGCUGCCUUUUUUACUGUACGCAACACAUGCGUUGUACAAGCAUUGGAAAAUGCAGCUAAAUAAAAUGACCGCCAAGCCCAGCC